AUGAAAGAAAGCAAAUUACCACGUAAAGUAAUAACAAAAAUAAAAAAAGAGUGGAAGACCCACGAUUCAAUAGCGACUAUCAGCUUCCCUCAUGUCUUCUGUAAUCUGGUGGACAGGCUACAAGAGGAGAAGAGGCUGGAAUAUAUACGAAGAAAGGAGAGAAACGAUGCGCAUUUAUAUAUGACCGUGAACGUCCUCCUCGAGGACAGCUUUGACGGUCACCAAGGCAACGAUCUCUACGACCCGGAGCGCGCGCUUUACCGCGUAUUCCGCAUCCGUAAACAGGCGACCCUCCAUGAGUUUCUAGAAUUACUCAGCGACAGUCUGAAAUAUCCUAUUGAGCAAAUCCGUGUGUGGCCAUUCAGCUCCCGUACCAAUCAGACAUGCAGACCAACCUUGAUUGAAGCAGAAGCUGAUCUCCAGAAGAGUAUGUCUAUGUGCGCUGAAAAUGCCAAUCCUUGGCCUGUAUUUGUUGAACUUGUUCCACCGGAUUCUGGUCUUACUGCAUUGCCGCCUUUCGACAAAGACACUGAUGUUUUGCUAUUUUUCAAACUCUACGAUCCGAAGAACAAAAAAAUUCAUUACGCUGGUCAUCACUACAUGCCUGUUACAGCGAAAGUUCAGGAACUUAUUCCUAUUCUAAAUGAGAGAGCUGGUUUUCCACCUGACACUGAGCUGGCACUUUAUGAAGAAAUAAAACCUAAUAUGGUGGAGAAAAUAGAAAACAUGACAGAAUCUUUGGAGAAAGUACUUGAGGAAUUGAUGGACGGUGAUAUUAUUGUGUUCCAAAAAGAAGAAAGAGAUAAUGAAAUGUAUGAAUUACCAACUUGCCGAGACUAUUUUAAGGACUUAUUCUAUAGGGUAGAAGUUACUUUCUGCGAUAAAUCAAUUCCAAAUGAUCCAGGUUUCACGAUGGAAUUGUCUCUGAGAAUGACAUACGAUCAAAUGGCUAAAGCUGUAGCACAGAGGGUCGGUACAGAUCCAUAUCUGUUACAAUUUUUCAGAUGUCAAAAUUACAAAGACUUACCGGGGCAUCCGCUAAAGUGUACAUUUGAGGGUACUCUAAAAGAUUUGGUUGCAUACUGUAAACCAAAAACUAAGAAAAUAUUUUAUCAACAAUUAAGUAUUCGAGUUAAUGAGCUUGAAAAUAAAAAACAAUUUAAAUGCAUUUGGGUUGGACUGUCACUUAAGGAAGAAAAAGAAAUAAUACUUUAUCCAAAUAAAAAUGGUACUGUUGCUACACUUUUAGAGGAGGCUAAAAAACAAGUUGAAUUAUCUGAAAAUGGUUCAGGAAAAUUGAGGCUAUUAGAAAUAAAUUGUAACAGAUUAUUACCGGGUCCAAAAGAAGAUGUGCCUUUGGAAAAUCUUACGACUAUUGGCACAAAGGCGUACAGGAUAGAAGAAAUACCUAAAGAUGAAGUUAAUCUUGCUGACGAUGAAAUGCUCGUACCCGUUGCUCACUUUCACAAAGAUGUAUUUUCACCAUUUGGAAUUCCAUUUAUGUUUAAAAUCAAACAUGGUGAACCUUUCACAAAGGUCAAGGACAGGUUAUUGAAAAAAUUAGGCGUUCAGGAAAAGGAAUUUGAGAAGUUUAAGUUCGCGAUCGUGUCUAUGGGGAAACCACAAUUCAUCACCGAGGAAGCAGACUAUUACAUCAAUCUUGCCGAAUUCCGAACUACUUCCAGUCAAGCAUUGCAAAGGCCUUGGCUCGGUCUGGACCAUGUUAACAAAGCCCCGAAGCGUCCACGAAUCAACUACCUCGAAAAGGCCAUUAAAAUAUACAAUUAA